AUGGGAGAGAAUAGAAUAGUGGCGGGUCCGUUUCCGGAGAGUGAAAGCGGUAACAAGUAUUUCAUGAUUGUGAUGGAUUACUUCACUAAGUGGCCAGAAGUUUUCGCCAUUCCAAAUCAAGAAGCUUCAACAGUUGCAGAUAAACUAGUUCAUGAAGUCUUCUGUCGUUUUGGAGUACCUUUAGAGAUUCACAGCGAUCAAGGAAGGAAUUUUGAGUCUCAAAUAUUCCAGGAAACUUGCCGAGUUAUGGGUACUCAUAAAACAAGAACGACUUCUUUUCACCCGCAAUCUGAUGGAAUGGUAGAACGAUUUAAUCAGAUAUUGGAGGGGUACCUAGCAAAAGUUGUAGAUAAUCGGCAACGAGAUUGGGACAAGCACAUACAACCGUUUUUGUUGUCAUAUCGAAGUGCUGUUCACGAAAGUACAGCAGCGACACCAGCUUUCGCAAACUUUGGAAGAGAAUUACGGCUACCUGCAGACCUGAUCACCGGGAUACCACCUGAUGCUCCACGCAGUAUAACCGAUUAUGCAAAUGACUUGCGGAACAAAAUGAAUGACGUUUAUGAGCACGUCAGACAAUCGGGCCAGCAAAUGUCUGAAAAGAUGAAAACCCGGUACGACCGCAAAAUGAACAACAAAGGGUUCGACGAAGGUUCACUUGUGUGCAACCACACGUGUGAGAUUGACGUACCAAUUGGUGUCAGAAGUGGGUAA